AUGACGCUCAAAGUGUAUGUGGAUCGCAUGUCCCAGCCAUCCAGGGCUGUCGUUCUCUUCUGCAAGCUGAACCGGAUUGACUUUGUGGAGAUCAAAGUAGACUUGUCUAAGCGUCAGCAUUUGUCUCAUGAAUUUACAGAGAUAAACCCUAUGCAGCUAGUGCCUGCUAUAGUUGAUGGAAGAUUCAAGCUAUUUGAGAGUCACGCAAUCCUCAUCUAUCUAGCUUGCGUAUUUCCUGGAGUUGCUGAUCACUGGUAUCCAGCUGAUCUUUUCAAGAGAGCUAAGAUUCAAUCAGUGCUUGACUGGCAUCACACCAGCCUGCGCCGCGGAGCAGUUAUGUUUGUUCUAAACAAGGCAUUGGGGCCUGCACUUGGACGACCCUUGAAUCCAGAACUAGCAGCAGAAGGUGAGAAGAUUUUAACUGCAUCCUUGUCAAAGUUGGAGUCUUUCUGGCUCAAGGGCAGUGGGAAAUUCUUGCUCGGCGGGAAUCAACCUUCUAUAGCAGAUAUCAGCCUCGUAUGCGAACUAAUGCAAUUGGAGGUUAUGGAUGACAUUGACCGAAACCGAGUUCUCAGCCCUCAUAAGAAGGUUCUACAGUGGAUCGAGUAUACAAAGGAUGCUACCAGUCCUCACUUUGAUGAAGUGCACCAAGUCAUCUUCAAAGUGAAAGAGAAGCUGAAGACCUUGAGAUCAACUGAAGCUAGCUUAGACAAAAAAGUGCAGUCAAGGAUGUGA